GUCAGGAUUCUUCGAGAUCUCUCUCUGCGGUGCCGCUUCGCCUGUCCCUUCCCCCGCCCCACCAGCGCGAGGAGCCAGUCCGUGUCGCGUGCUGCGGCAGCCCAUUUAAACAGUCGGAGCGGCCGCUCCGGGUGAACUGCGAGAGUCUCCCGGCUUUUCCCUCCCCAUCUCAGGCGGCGGCCGCUCAGAAUUGUUCUUCUUUUCCUCCGCUCGCCUCUAGUUUCUUCGCCUCCCCGGCCCCGUGCGGGAGCUUCUUUUGAAGUAGGCCUCUCGGGCCGCUCUCCGGCGUUUCUCUCCCCUCGUCCCCGAAGGCAUCAUGUCCGUGGUGGGAAUCGAUUUGGGCUUCCAGAGCUGCUAUGUGGCCGUGGCCCGCGCGGGGGGCAUCGAAACGAUCGCCAACGAGUACAGCGACCGCUGCACCCCGUCAUGUGUAUCAUUUGGACCCAAGAACCGUUCAAUUGGAGCUGCAGCCAAGAGCCAGGUAAUUUCAAAUGCAAAGAAUACAGUGCAAGGUUUUAAAAGAUUUCAUGGUCGUGCAUUUUCGGAUCCUUUUGUUCAAGAUGAAAAAGCUAAACUUGCUUAUGAGCUUGUCCAGCUGUCCUCUCUUUCACUUGGCAUUAAGGUUAAAUAUAUGGAAGAAGAACGAAACUUUACAGUUGAGCAGAUUACAGGAAUGCUUCUCACUAAACUAAAAGAAACUGCAGAGAAUACUCUUAAAAAACCUGUAGUUGACUGUGUUGUAUCUGUUCCUUGCUUUUACACAGAUGCAGAGCGCAGAUCUCUCAUGGAUGCUACACAGAUUGCUGGAUUAAACUGCUUGAAGUUAAUUAAUGAAACUACUGCAGUUGCUCUGGCCUAUGGGAUCUAUAAACAAGACCUGCCUGCAUUAGAAGAAAAACCAAGAAAUGUGGUAUUUGUUGAUAUAGGGCAUUCAGCUUAUCAAGUAUCUGUUUGUGCAUUCAACAAGGGGAAAUUGAAGGUACUUGCAACAGCAUUUGACACAAUGCUUGGUGGCAGGAAAUUUGAUGAAGUAUUAGUAAAUUAUUUUUGUGAAGAAUUUGGGAAGAAAUACAAACUAGAUAUAAAGUCCAAAAUUCGGGCCCUGUUAAGAUUAUCUCAGGAAUGUGAGAAGCUGAAGAAACUGAUGAGUGCAAAUGCUUCUGACCUCCCCAUGAACAUAGAAUGCUUCAUGAAUGAUAUUGAUGUCUCUGGGACUAUGAACAGAGGUAAAUUCUUAGAGAUGUGUGAUGAUCUUUUGGCCAGAAUAGAACCACCUCUUCGUAGCGUCUUAGAUCAAGCUAAAUUAAAGAAGGAGGAUAUCUGUGCAGUUGAAAUAGUAGGAGGGACUACCAGAAUACCUGCUGUAAAAGAGCGGAUCAGUAAAUUUUUUGGUAAAGAAGUCAGUACAACUUUGAAUGCAGAUGAAGCUGUCACACGAGGCUGUGCAUUGCAGUGUGCUAUUCUAUCACCAGCUUUUAAAGUGAGGGAAUUUUCUAUCACAGAUUUGGUGCCGUACCCCAUUUCUUUAAAAUGGAACUCCCCUGCAGAAGAGGGGAUAAGUGAUUGUGAAGUAUUUCCAAAGAAUCAUGCUGCACCUUUCUCCAAAGUCCUUACGUUUUACAGAAAGGAACCCUUUACUUUGGAAGCUUAUUACAGUUCUCCUAAAGAAUUGCCAUACCCAAACCCUGCAAUAGCUCAAUUUUUAGUUCAGAAAGUAAUACCCCAAAAGGAUGGAUCCAGUUCCAAAGUGAAAGUGAAAGUCAGAGUAAACAUCCAUGGCAUUUUCAGUGUUUCAAGUGCAUCACUUGUGGAAGUUCAUAAAUCAGAAGAAAAUGAAGAGCCUAUGGAAACAGAUCAACAUACAAAAGAUGAAGAGAAGAUGCAAAUAGACCAGGAAGAGCAACAGAAAAAUGAGGAACAACAACAACAAACACAAGCUGAAAACAAGACUGAGUCUGAGGAAAUGGAGACAUCUCAGGCCGGAUCGAAAGAAAAGAAAACUGACCAGCCUCCUCAAGCUAAGAAAGCUAAAGUAAAGACAACAACAGUUGAUCUUCCAAUUGAGAAUCAUUUGGUGUGGCAGAUAGGAAAGGAUACAUUGAACUUGUUUAUUGAGAAUGAGGGUAAAAUGAUCAUGCAGGAUAAACUGGAGAAGGAACGGAAUGAUGCCAAGAAUGCAGUGGAGGAGUAUGUUUAUGAAAUGAGAGACAAACUCUGUGGCGUGUAUGAAAAAUUUGUUAGUGAUGAGGAUCGUAAUAGCUUCACUUUGAAGUUGGAAGACACUGAGAAUUGGCUGUAUGAAGAGGGUGAAGAUCAACCAAAGCAAGUUUAUAUUGAUAAACUUGCUGAAAUGAAAGCUGUGGGACAGCCCAUUCAGGCACGAUUUCAAGAAUCUGAAGAAAGACCAAAAGCUUUUGAAGAGCUUGGAAAACAUGUUCAACAAUAUAUGAAAGCUGUUCAUGCAUUUAAAGAAAAGGAUGAGCAAUAUGACCACUUAGACCCUGCCGAAAUGGCUAAAGUGGAGAAGAGUACAAAUGAAGCAAUGGAAUGGAUGAACAACAAGCUUAAUCUUCAGCACAAGCGAAGUCUUACUUUGGACCCAGUUAUUACAGCAAAGGAAAUUGAAGCAAAAACGAAAGAACUAAUAAACAUCUGUAAUCCUAUUGUUACCAAACCCAAACCCAAAGUGGAACUGCCAAAAGAGGAUCAAAACCCAGCAGAACAGAAUGGUCCAGUAGAAGGUCAGGGUGAUUCCACCAAGGCUUCUCAGACUGCUGAACAGCAUACAGAUUCAACAGCUCCAACAUCUACAGAAAAGAAACUUCCGGAAAUGGAUAUUGAUUGAAUUCCAGUUCUUUAUAUUACAUACUAUAUAGCUUUAUAGCUUUAUGUUGUCUACUUUAUGAUCUGAAUAUAAAUGGGAGCCAAUUGAGAACUGUUAUUUUCUCACAGUACCUUUUGGGAUGGGAUUAGUUAGUAGGGAGCAGCAAACUCUUGGUUAGUUAAAUCUUCAGUUGGAUAAGUUCUGUCUUUUGCUAUAUGAUGCCAGAAAUCCUUGAUAGCUAUUAGAUUUGCACAUCUGCUCUUUCAGUUUAAUCCUGUUCAUGUUGUGAAUCCCGUUAUUUAAAGUGUGUAAGAGCAACUAGAACAGUUUGGUGAUUUGUUUUUAAUCUACAAUUAAAUUACUAUUGUGGAUUGAAACAACAUUAGUUGGUGGAAAAUUACCAGAAGUAUUUAAAGCUCUGGUUCUAACACAAAAGAGCAUAAUAAAGAUAUUAGAUUGUGAUCCCUUUGGAAUUAUGGAGGCAAUAAUAGCAUGUUUUAUACCUGCAAGUUUAAUACAUUUUUAUUGCACCAUUUUAUGGUUAUGUGAGAUAUAAGGCAACAUGGCUCAGAUGAGUUAUUCAGGUUAAAUGUAAAGAAAUGAAGUAGCUGGAGUGUUUUUUCCCGGUUCAUGUUCACACAAAUUAAUAUUCAUUAUGUCCUAGGUGUUGUAUCAAAUCGUUUAUCCGAUAUGCAGAAUAGCAUUUAUCUAAAAUAUGCUAUUAGAUCCAAUAUGUAUCCUCAUGAUAAAUUUCUCCCCAGCUAUAAGAAAUGCUAUGUAAAUUUCUGUCUCUAGCUUAGUUGUAGGGGAAAAAGGAGGGUAUACUGCUAGCUGCCUCUGGAUUAUUCUGAUUAGUAGCUAACAUAGAAGAUAGUUUUUGUUUUCCUACACUUGAAAAUGAUUGUUUUCUCUUCCAGCUAAAGAAGGAAUCUAGCAGUUUGCUCUUGUGUUCAUUUAUACUUUGGCUGUGUUAUUCUUCUAGUAUUGAUAAUUGUCAUUAACUUGUAUGUGUUGAAAUCAAAUGAAAGCUUCCAUACACAUUACAAGAAAUAAAUGCACUGGAUUCUAUUGGAUUUUUUAAAAACUGUUGAUUACAAGAAAACUACAUGAAACUCUUUAAGACUAGAAAAUAAGUAACAGGAAUUACGACGGUACAUCUCUUUAAAACCAACUGUAAAGUACUCAUUGAAAAUACAUUGGACU